GUACAGUACCUCACAGUGAAACUGACACUGUAGAAGCACGUGAACCUGCCGAGCUGCCAUCUAACUCGUUUCUGCACUAAAGGAGAAAUGCAGUUUCAUCAACAAUUUUAAAGAACUUUUUAAUCAUUUGCAAUGCCGAUACGUGACAUGUCGCAAGAUGGGAAUGUCCUUGACACAGUGGGCGAGAUUGACAGUAAUGGCAGCCGUGACAGCAUGGUCAGCUUCAACUCAUGCUUUAGUGAUGAAAGUCUGGAGUAUCUCUCUGCUGAGGAGAAGGCUUGUCUCAUGUACCUAGAGGAGACCAUUCAGUCACUGGAUACGGAGGAUGACAGCGGCCUGUCCAAUGACGAGCCUGAGCAGCUGCCAGCUCGAGGAAACGUGGCUAACAAAGCAGCCCACAUCUCUGCGUCAAUAGGACUCAACAGGGUCCCUAGUCAAGAUGUGCCCAAAAGCCAAUUUGAAGGUCAAUUGUCAUCUAACAGCUUGGUGCAAAAUGAAAUUCUGAAUUUUAUGGUCCCGACUCCAUUUGUCCUCGCGAACCGUAACCCGCAAAUUCAAACCAGACCUGGAUUAGCCGCAUCCCAGAAAAAUACGUCUUCUGGAAGUGCCCAGCUCCAUCAAGAAGCUCCACGAGUUCCCUCAGAGGUCAGUGUGGUUGUGAAUAAAACCAAAGGCAGCAAAGAUACAGCGGAAGAACAGCAGAAUCAUGAGCAGCCAGAGAAUGUGGCACGUAGAGGACCCCUUUCGUAUGAGGCUCUGGUGAAGCUGCGCAAGAGUGCAUCGAUGCGGAAAACCAAUGGAACUGAAGCCAAAACCGAAGGACAGCAGGUUUCUACAAAUAACAAUGUAGUGGGAGACACCUCUGGAUCCCAAACUCUUUCCCAGAACUCACAGGCUGUGACAAGUGGUGGCUCCAAGCCCACUCCUCCACCUGUGGCCCCUAAACCUAAAAUGAAAACCACACACAAAGUCCCAAUUAACCAGGAAGAAGCCUCCAACACUAAGAUUGAUUCAACCAUGCCCGUAGAUAAAUUAAUGAACCCAGAGAAAGUAAGAGUGGAGGCUCUUAGCAAGUUAGGUCUCCUCAAGGAGGACGCACAGAACCCAGUCUGUCGACAACUAAAGCAUUCCCAAUCGCCUGCAAACUUGGAGCAAAACCAGACCACAAGCGAACAUCUUCCUCUAAGCAUCCCUGCAAGAUCUGGAGGACGAAUAAACCAGCCAAUACAAAGUUGCAAUCCUCCCCACCAGAAGUCUGUGAGCGAUCUAGCCACAGCUUCUUCACUGGAACACCCUGAGAUGGGGCGGUCAGGUUCUAACAUCACAGUCAUAAAUCAGGUUUUUAAGAAUCAAAAGUCAUGUUCCUCUGAAGCAGAGAGCAAGAACAACCUUAAAGACACUCAAAUAGAUGCUAAUGAAUCGAUACUCAGAAACGAUGUGUUGCACGUAUCAUCAUCUCAUUCCAAAAGCCUAAACGUGCCGGUUCCCAGCAUCGGAAGGGAUCGGAGAGAGGCAUUACGAAAGCUUGGAUUGCUGAAAAACUGAGAGAUUCUUGAACACGAGGAACCCUGUCUCCCAAAGAUCAGCUAUCAGUCAAACUCCUCAUUUUACACGCCGGUCAGUGAGAUCUGACACAGCACUUGGGUGGAUUAAUGCAUUAACAGACCGGUGUUCAUGUUACCUGGCCUCUCAGAUUCAUCUGUCAUUAAAGUUCUUUAUCUCGGAAUGUGACCUAGUUCAUGACUUACACUGAGAAUGGUCCCUUCUGUUUGUAUUGACUCAGUUAACAGUUGCCCUUUCACGAUUGCUUGUCUAAUCAAAUACACACCAUAAUGCACAUGGAAAGCAGCUAUAAAUUAUGGCAAUGUUUAACCACUGAACAUACAUGAAUAAAGCACUAAUUUUAGCAUAAAAUCUAUCA